GUCCCGGGAGAUUGGUUGAUACUAUGGAAGGUUUUUCCGCGCUCUGUUCAGUGGCAUGAAUAUACUGGCAUCUCGGGUGGGGCAGGAAGGGCAGGAAGUGUUCAGGUGUUCCCGGAAGGGUGAUCUCUAUCCUGGUCUUUGAAAGACAGGUUGGAGUCUUUCCUUCAAAGCAGAAGCAUCGUCGGUCAAAGGAGGGAACAGCGUAUCCCAGAAGAUGGGCAGCAGUUUGCAUGAUGGUUGGGCCCUAGGACACUAUGGUCAGGGAGAAGCGGCCAGGAUGUGGACCUUUGGAUGUCGGACCAAGAAGCCAGGCUUUAGCCUGGAAGCAAGGAAGGACCAGUGGAAAGAGGAGACCUCAGACGUGUCUGCUGACAGGGCUGAGGCCAGCGGUAUUUGCCUGGCGAGACACAGGAACUCUCAGCUAGAGCCCUGAGAACGGAAAGCAGAGGGGCAGGAGGUGAUAGGAUUCCAGGGGAAGGCAGAUGAGAACUGAAAAAAAAAAAAAGUCUGGGAUAAGAACGCAACUCAGCCAGGAGUAGGACAGUCAGGAGAAGGGAAGUCCCACUACAUCCCCCCCCCCCUACACACACACACACACACAACACACACACACACACACUGUUCCCUCCUGCACUCAUGACUGUGCCUUCCUUGGUACCAGCAAGGGUCCCGGUCCAGUCCUUUGAUGGUAUAAUGAGAGGUUGCCCAGGAAAAGGUGAAAUCUCAAAGUGGCUAGUGCUGAUGUCGGUCUGGGACCACUGACUCUGGCACCAACCUCUGCUGUCAGUGCCAGGAUUUAGACCCUCAGUGCAGACCUGCCCAGGGGGAACUUGGGUCACAUUUAGAACAUAGAUGGUGACGGGGCUCAAGGGUAGAGCUACCGGUUAGAUGGCCAAAGAAGAGGUAGGGCCCACAUGGGCUCCUGUAGCAUACUCCUGGAAAAAUAACUUAAGUCUCUGUCGGUCCCUUGUUUAUGGGGACAUGCUGUAUGCCUUUUUGAUCCAGGAAGUUGUCCCUCACUCCAUCUGCCCAUCUGUCCGUCCUCCAUCCCCAGUCAAGUCCUGGGCUGCAGACCCCCAACCUAAGAAUGAUAAAGAAAGGAGGGACUGGCCUGCCUGUCCCAGCAUGGCUUCAGGCUGGGACCCAACCUCCACACACGGUCUGGUCUGUCUGCCCUGAGCCCCCCGUAAGGCCAGACUCCGGCCCAGGGCUGCCUCCCUUGCAUGGAGCCUUGCGGCAACUCUCAGCUGAGACCUCCAAUGGCAGAGUCUCCCCCCAAGAGGAGGAAGAAGAGAUACCUGCGGCAUGACAAGCCCCCCUACACCUACUUGGCCAUGAUCGCCUUGGUAAUUCAGGCCUCGCCCUUCCGCAGGCUGAAACUGGCCCAGAUCAUCCGUCAGGUCCAGGCAGUGUUCCCCUUCUUCAGGGACGACUAUGAAGGCUGGAAGGACUCCAUCCGCCACAACCUUUCUUCCAACCCGUGCUUCCGUAAGGUGCCCAGGGACCCUGCAAAGCCCCAGGCCAAGGGCAACUUCUGGGCCGUGGAUGUGAGCCUGAUCCCAGCAGAGGCGCUGCGUCUUCAGAACACUGCUCUGUGCCGGCGAUGGCAGACCCGGGGCAAACACAGAACUUUCGUCAAGGACCUGAGCCCCUACGUCCUCCACGGCCAGCCUUAUCAGCCACUCAGUCCCCCACCACCAUCCAGGGAAGGUUUCAGCAUCAAGUCCCUGUUAGGGGACCCUGGGAAAAGAUCAACAUGGUCCCAGCAGCCUGAACUAGCUGGACAGAGCAGCCUAGCUCAGGCAGGCACCUGGUCCAAGGGGGGAGAAGGGAUGUGCACUGUACCCCCUAACUCCUCUGAGAAGUCUCUGUGGCCCCUCUGCUCCCUUCCUGGGCCCACAAGAAUAGAGGGUGAAUCUUCCCAAGGGGAAGUCAUCAGGCCCUCUCCCCUUUCCCCAGAGCAAGGCACCUGGCCUGUCCAUUUACUUCAGGGUUCCCCAGAUCCCAUGGGAAUGUCCAACAGGGGGUGCAGAGCUCCCUUGUGGGGACAGCUACCCACUUCUUACUUGCCCGUCUACACUCCCAAUGUAGUAAUGCCCUUGGCCACACCACCUCCCACUUCUUGUUCCCAGUGUCCAUCUUCAACCAGUCCAGCCUACUGGAGUGUAGCCACUAAAUCCCAAGAGUCCCAGGACCUGCUCUGUGAUCUAGAUUCCCUCUUCCAGGGAGUACCACCCAACAAGAGCAUCUAUGAUGUGUGGGUCAGCCACCCUCGGGACCUGGCUGCUCCUGCCCCGGGCUGGCUGCUCUCCUGGUACAGCCUGUAAUAGUUCAAGGCAGGCAGGGGCUGCUUUUCCCUUCCACCCCUGGAUACCAUUUUGAUGGGAGAACCAGAGCCAGGAGCACGUCCACAACAACAGCUUUAAAACACCAGGCACAGCCUUGCUGAAAACCCACAACUUUAAUUGGGUUACUCCAGAAAGGUUGCCUCUGCUAGAUAUGACAGGUCUGGCCAAUCAUGCCUUCGACUCUCCCACACACAGGGACCGGGUCUGGAGAAAGCGCUCAGGCGAGAGUAGUGCUUCUUUUCUUGAUCUCACCUUCUCAGGCCUUCAUGCCAUCCAUCUAUCCAUCCCUCUGUCACCACGCCUUCCUGGCUCCAGGCUGGGGGAGGGAGAGCCAAAGCGGGUCCAAUCUGAAGUCUCCCCCCCCCCCACCUCAGCUGCCUGGGUAGGAGGUAGCACCUUUUGGGGGGAAGGGUUAGGAAAUGAAAGACUGGACCCUACAUGAUUUGUGGGGGAUGGAAGUAGGGGAGAAGUUAACAGUAAAGGAAUUUACAACACUUUAAUUCCAAGUCUGAUAUUGGGGGCAGGGUGGUGACUUGGGAAACCACUUGGUCUGGGGUCUGGUUCCUGCAGCUCUGGAUCCCCUGCUGUGUGCUGUGAUAAGGGCAAAUGGUGAUAAGGUGAGAGCAGAGGGCCUGUGGCCCACUUGGGGGUGGAAGGGUGGGGGCAAUCAUUUCUCCAAGCACAACAUUCCCUGGCCAGAUCCAGAAGGGCAAGGGGGAAAUUGUGGGGCUCUGGGGGCAGCUAGGGCCUGAGUGUAAAAAGAAAAGAAAAAAAAAAAAAAGG